AGGCAUUUCGACUUUCCCUCCAAAACUACAUUGUAAUCUUCACUCUCCAACAACGAAGAAAACCUACUAAUUCGCAUUUUAGCUGUUGUUAUUUGUGCUUUCUUCAAUUCCUCAAACUAAACAGAAAGAGCAAAGCUAAAACCCUUGAUUUCAAUUUUGAUGUAUUUUAUCUCAAUUUGGUUUCCUUUUCUUCGAAUCUGAGUAUCAGUAGUAACAUCUGAGAGUUACAAUGGGAGAUCCAAAUAAAUGGACUGUAACCUAUACAAAACACAUCAAACAAAAGAGGAAAGUUUAUCAAGACGGAACUCUAGGAGUUCACGGAAACAAGGUUUUGCUUUAUGAUGAUAUGGGUAGUGUUAUAAGUAGUAGGUUUCUGAAAAAAGAGGAAGUAAUCAAUUGCGGUCAAACAUUAUUAUUUGAUGGUUAUCUUGUUGAUAUUGGGGAUUCUGAAAGGAAUCACGAAGCUCACAAAGAUUUCACUACUCAAGCAAAAGGGAUAAAAAAAGUUGAUGUAGGAAAUACUGGAGCAUCACUUGAUUAUCGUAACGUGUUAAAGAACAUGAAAAAAGAGGACAAGCGGAGUGGAGCAUACAAAUUCCGAACACCGCUAAUUAGCUUAAAAGCAGCAAAGCUUAAUGACGGAGGGAGCAUUCAGGAUAAGCCACAAAACUUUGAAGCAACAACAAGUUGUUCAAAUCCUGCACAGUCCGCUGUCAGAGAAUGGCAUGCCUUGUACACUACACAACUAACUCAGAAGUCCAAGAAGUAUCACGAUGGCACAAUACAACUCGAAACCUCUGGCUCGCAGGUUCUUCUGUAUGACUCUAGAAAGAUGCUCUUGGACAGCAAGUUCUUGAAAAAGGGUGAAGUGGUCAGAUCUGGUGAAACUAUGCUUUUUGAUGGUCAUCUUGUUGAAGUUGGAGAUCCUGAAGGUAGUUCUCUUAGUAGGACUGCAGGAGCACUUAAGCGUGCAGACAUUGCACAUGGGGCAGGGCUGGUGAAAGCAUCUCGAGCAAGGACGGGGUUGGAGCAUGAUCUGAAGCCUAAUUAUGGAACUUCUUGUGUGAAUAAAGAUAGUGAACUGGUAAACCUUGAAGCACAGGAAGAGAAAAUUAGAGAAUGGCAUGCUAUGUUCACUACACAAGUUACUCAGAAGGCCAGAAAGUAUCAUGACGGGUUCUUACAACUCUCAAUUUGUGUUUCCCAGAGGAAGCAGGUAAUUUUACUGGACGAAGAAGGAACAAUCCUGAGCAAGAAGUAUUUAAAUUCAUCCGAAGUUGUAAAAACUGGAUUGACUCUUGCAGUAGCAAAUUAUCUGGUGGAGAUUGGUGACCCAAAAAUUCCUAAAGGAGGAGAAGAAAUCAGUUUGGAUUCUUCUCUAGAGCGUGCAAAUUUAGGAGCACAUCCUGGCAGAUUUACUGUUGGCAAGAUCAAGCCAAAUCCAGAUGAUACUAGAAAAAGAACAGCACAUCAUGCACUCGUCGAGGAAAACUCUUCUUCUGCGACACAUGCAUAUUCCAGCAGAUCUAACAUUGGCAUUCCUGGCGACGGUAUUAAUUUAUCAAGACAUACUGGAGGAGCGAAUGGUGAUCCUUCUGGGAAGCGUGUAGGGCAAUAUUCUAACAGACUUGAUGUUGAAACAAUAAAGCUCGACGCAAGUAGUGCUACAAAUAAUUCAAUGCGCCAUGGAGGACCUAAGGAUGACACUUCUUCUGGAGAGCAUGUACUGGCACUCUCCAGCAGCUUUAGUGUUGACAAGAUGAAGUUCAGGAACAUUGCAACUAUAAAUAAACCUAUGCGUGAUGUGGGCCAGAUAUUAUUUACUCUUAAGAAGCCUAUGGCCUCGGAUAAUCUUGCUCCUGCCACAAAGCCUUCAGUAGAGCAAAUGUUUUCUUCAGAAUCUGCAGACUCGCUUCAUUUUGGUUCUGGGGAAAAGUUAACUGGGCUUAACCAGCACGAACUAAAAUGUGCUAGUGACACUGACGCUAUCGAAGACAACCAUGGAAAUAUAAGUAGAUAUAUGAAGAAUUUAAUGGGUUGCUAUAGAAGUGGGAUAUCCCAAUCCAGGGUUCCUCAGCAUCUCCAUACUUUGACCGUUGAUGCAGUUAAUCGCGAUCAUAGCAAUUUCGUAGAAUCUAGUGCUGCUAACAUGCCGGAAUUUGAUCCGUGUAACCCAGAUAAAAGAACAGUAAAUUCACAGGGCUUGGCUGCAGAAUCUCUAGACUCAAAAGGGGUUGACUUGGGUUUUUCUGAAAAAAGUAUGUUGAGCCCAUAUUCCCCAAUUGCUCCUCAUCAGGUGUCAGAUGUUGUGGUGGAUUUAACUGAAGAAGGACAAGCACAUAAUACAUCUAUGGGCUAUGCUGGAUUAAGUGGAGAUGGCAAACUUAGGGAAUCCCAUGUCUUUAGAAGUUUAGAAGGAUCUCGUGACAAAGAAAUCAAAAGUGCUGAACAUGUGAAGAAUCCAAACCAGCAUUCUGCAGACAAAUUGGGAACUGACACAGUUGAUGCAGCUCUGGACAGCCCUAAUGAUGCUUACAACGAGGCCCCCGAGAUUCUUAAAAAGAUUAUAGAAGAAAGAUUGGGCAUUGAUGAAUUCCCAAGUUUUGAUUUGGGGUUUUAAAAAGACGACAUACAGUUAUGAGUACAAACAAUUCGUACAUAAAGGUGAUGUUCUUGUAGGAAGAUCGAGUAAUAGAACUGAUAUCACACUAGUGAAGUGUGGCCUUGAUUAUAAGGUGGCCAAUAGUGAAUCAAAAAUUUUAAAUGUGCGAUGUAGUACACUAGUACUUAAAGUUCUGUGUAUAUGUACAGACUACAGAGUACAGUCAUCGGAAAUGUUUCCCUAUAAAUUUCCUGAUUUUUUUUUUUUUGUUAAG